GAAAGGCCUCCCGGCGUGAGGUCGACCCAAGCAGCACCUCGGACAAGUCCCUACCUGAAGCAGCUGUCUGGCCGUGGCAGUUCCGGAGCAUACCACUUGCUGCCCGCGGAACCCCCGGAGGCCUGGGCGAGGGAAUGUAAAGGUUUCAGAGCUGCUGAUUCUGAGGGGUGGAAAGAGAAAGGGCUUCCUCCUGGCUCCCUUCUUCUUCUCUCAGAUCUGACUUCCAGAGACUUCACCCAUCCUCAAGGGAAACUGCUCAGAAAGAGGAUAUGGCUGCCGAACAGAGGGAAACAAGGUCUCAGGUGUCAGUGACGUUCGAAGAUGUGGCUGUGCUCUUUACACGGGAUGAGUGGAGAAAGCUGGCUCCUUCUCAGAGAAACUUGUACCAAGAUGUGAUGCUGGAGAACUAUAGUAACCUUGUCUCAUUGGGACUCCCAUUUUCCAAACCUGAAGUGAUCUCCCUGUUGCAGCAAGGAGAAGAUCCCUGGAAAGUAGAGAAAGAAGGCCCUGAAGGUCCCUCUCUAGAAUGUAAGAGCAGUAAAACCACAAAGGCAACUCAAACUCAAGACUCAUCAUUUUCGGGGCUAAUAAGGAAAACACUCAAAAAGGAUGAACCAUGGAAUUUCAUAUCAGAAAACCCCUGCAUAUAUGAAGACAGAAUAAAGAAACAGAAGGACAAAAGUGAAAGUUUACAAAUAAUUUCAGUCACCCAUACAAAAAUCCUCACUGCAGAAAGAAGCCAUAAAAAUAAUGACUUCGGCCAAAAUUUCAGCCUGAAAUCAGUGUUUGUUAAGCAACAGAGGAGUGCUAGAGAAAAAACACCCUCAAAAUAUGAAAUACAAAGGAAUAGCUUCAGGCAGGAUUCAAAUGUACUUAACCAGUCGAAAAUAAAGACAGCAGAAAAACGCCAUAAAUGUAACAUAUGUGAAAAAGCCUUCAUUCACAAGUCAUCCCUUCGUAAACAUCAGAAAAACCAUUCUGGAGAGAAAUUAUUUCAAUGUGAUGAAUGUUUGAAAGCCUUCAGCCAAAGUUCAGCUCUUAUUCAACAUCAAAGAACUCAUACCGGAGAGAAACCCUAUAUAUGUAAAGAGUGUGGGAAAGCCUUCAGCCAUAGUGCAUCCCUUUAUAAACACGUAAAAAUACAUACUGUGGAAAAAUCCUACAAAUGUAAAGAAUGUGGUAAAUCCUUUGGCAGAAGGUCUGCCCUUUUUAUACAUCAAAAAAUUCAUGCUCAAGACAAUCCCCACAAAUAUAACCCAGGAAGGAAGGCAGCCACUUGCAACCUUCCUGGAUGUCAGAGAAUUCAUUCAAGAAAGAAGUCCUAUUUAUGUAACGAAUGUGGCAACACCUUUAAGUCUAGUUCAUCCCUUCGUUACCACCAGAGAAUUCACACAGGAGAGAAACCUUUUAAAUGUGGUGAAUGUGGGAGAGCCUUCAGUCAGAGUGCAUCUCUUAUUCAACAUGAAAGAAUUCACACCGGAGAAAAGCCUUACAGAUGUAAUGAAUGUGAAAAAGGUUUCACUUCUAUUUCACGACUUAAUAGGCAUAGAAUAAUUCAUACUGGAGAGAAAUUGUAUAAUUGUAAUGAGUGUGGUAAAGCCUUAAGUUCCCACUCAACACUCAUUAUUCAUCAGCGAAUUCAUACUGGAGAGAAACCAUGUAAAUGUAAAGUGUGUGGGAAAGCCUUCAGACAAAGUUCUGCUCUCAUUCAACAUCAGAGAAUGCACACUGGAGAAAGACCCUAUAAAUGUAAUGAGUGUGGGAAAACAUUCAGGUGUAAUUCAUCCCUUAGUAAUCAUCACAGAAUUCACACAGGAGAGAAACCAUAUCGAUGUCUGGAAUGUGGGAUAUCUUUUGGGCAGAGUGCAGCUCUUCUUCAACAUCAAAGGAUUCAUACAGGAGAAAAACCCUUUGUGUGUAUUACCUGUGGGAAAACUUUUAGGCAGAGCUCAUCACUUAUUGCACAUCAAAGAAUUCAUACUGGAGAGAAACCCUAUGAAUGUAAUGCAUGCGGGAAACUCUUCAGCCAGAGGUCGUCCCUUACGAACCAUUAUAAAAUUCACAUUGAAGAGGACCCCUUCAAAGUAGAUUUGCAUGUGUGAAACCCUUAAACCAAAGGUCAUUAGAAUAAAAUUGAUCCCACAUAUCUGUGGGUUCUACAUCCACUGGUUCAAAUAACUGCAAAUUUAAAAUACUAAAAAAAUAAUUUUCAGAAAUAUCCAAAAACAAAAUUUGAAUUUGCCACACACUGGCAACUAUUUUCAUAAGCAUUUGCACUGUAUUAGGUAUUUCAAGUAAUUUAGAGAUGAUUUAAAGUUUAUGAGAGGAUGUGCAUAGGUUACAUGCAAAUUCUAUGCCAUUUUACAUAAGGGACUUGAUCAUGUUCAGAUUUUGGUAUCUGUGGGGGGGGGGGGUGUCCUGGAAUCAGUCCACUACAGAUAGUGUGGGACAACUGUAUACACACUUGAGAAUGACUUAGUAAAUGUAAUGAAUAUGAUAAAACUUCAAUUUUAAUCUAGUCCUUAUCAGUUAUUUAAUUUUAAGGAAAAGCUUUGACUGUGUAAUAAAUAUGUGGAAUACUUUAAUACCUGUCAGUCACUUUUUAAAAUAUCCUGAGACAAAUAAAUCACAGUUCAAAAAUACUGAUUUUGGCCAUUUGUAAGAUAAA